AAACAGGAAGCAACCCUACAGGUGGUGAGGAGGCCAAGGCUCUGCUGGCAAUUCCCAUGAAGACUCCUUACUCACUCUGAGUGACCACAGAGACAUACCGGAGGUUGUGGUGGGGGGUGUCUGACUGUUAGCGUCAGUUCCCUUGCCUGUUAGGUGUUCUCCCUAAAAUCCAACCCCCACUCCCGUCUGGAAAUGGAUACUGUGGGCGUAUUUAUAGCUGCGGACCACAAGCGAGCUCUUUCUUAAACACGUCGAAGGAGCUGGUUGCAUUCGUCAGAGUCGGACUGAGCUUCACUGUUGUGUUCUCUUGACUGUUUUACUUUUUCACUUGUGUAAUCAGCCUGGAGGGGCUUAUCAGAUGAAAUCCUCAUUCUGAACUCGACCACCAGUGAGACACAGUGAGAGGAAAGAUGGAGAAACCAGUUCUCCAGACGCAGCCGUCCACCUUACCUUUUUUUGACUCUUCGCACGCCUUCAACCUCCUGAGAGGAAUCCAUGAGCUACGAGCUGAGCGGAAGUUUUUCGACGUGACUUUAUGUGCCGAGGGGCGGGAGUUCCACUGCCACCGCACGGUGUUGGCUGCUGCCAGCACCUACUUCCGUGCCAUGUUCACCGGAACGUUGAGGGAGAGCGUAAUGGACAGAGUGGUUCUACACGAGGUGUCAGCCGAGCUUCUAGGCUUACUGGUGGACUUCUGCUACACGGGUCGGGUCACGGUCACUCAGGACAACGUGGACCUCCUGCUGAAGACGGCUGAUUUGUUCCAGUUCCCCUCGGUCAAAGAGGCCUGCUGUGCGUUUCUGGAGCAGCGUCUGGAUGUCUCCAACUGCUUAGAGAUACAAGACUUUGCAGAGGCUUACGCUUGCAGGGAGUUGGCGACUAGUGCGCGCCGCUUCGUCCUCAAAAACAUAAUGGAGCUGGCGAAAGGGACAGACUUUGAGCGGUUGCCAUGGAAGCGCCUACUAGAGUUCGUGUCCGACGACGAGCUUUGCGUGGAUAAGGAGGAGACGGUCUACCAAAUCGCAGUGCGGUGGGUAAAGGCUGAUCUGCAGCGACGGCUGCACUACUGGCCUGAACUCCUCCAGCAGGUCCGCCUCCCGUUCGUCAGGCGGUUCUUCCUCCUGGCCCAUGUGGAGAGUGACCCGCUUGUCUACCUGUCACCCACCUGCCUCCGCAUGGUGAACGAAGCCCGCAGCUUCCAGUCCUGUGAAUAUGAUCGUCACGACAGGCCGUGCCACCGCAUGCGGCCUCGGCCCUCUACGGGAUUGGCGGAAAUCCUGGUGGUGGUCGGAGGCUGCGACCAGGACUGCGACGAACUGGUCACUGUGGACUGUUACAACCCUCAGACCGGACAGUGGCGCUACCUGGCCGAAUUCCCCGACCACCUUGGAGGAGGUUACAGCAUAGCAGCCCUUGGAAAUGAUAUGUAUGUCACAGGAGGUUCUGACGGCUCCCGCCUGUACGACGGCGUGUGGCGCUACAAGUCCAGUGUGAACGAGUGGACGGAGGUGUCGCCCAUGCUGAAGGCCCGCGAGUACCACAGCUCGUGCGUGCUGAAAGGCCAGCUGUACGUGGUUGCGUCGGACAGCACCGAGCGCUACGACCAGGCUCUGGACUGCUGGGAGGCCUUGCCAGGCAUGCUGCACCCCAUGGACAACUGCUCCACGACAGCGUGCAACGGCCGCCUGUACGCUAUAGGCUCUCUGACCGGCGAGGACACCAUGGCCGUCCAGAGCUACGACGCCGAAACCAACCGCUGGACCAUGGUCAACUGUGGACAGCUGCCUCCCUGGUCCUUCACUCCCAAAACUGUGACCCUCAAUGGCCUCAUUUACUUUGUUAGGGAUGACUCGGCGGAGGUUGAUGUUUACAGUCCACAAAAGAACGAGUGGGACAAAAUUAGCCCCAUGAACCAGGUCCACGUCGGAGGCAGCGUGGCAGUCCUGGGCGGUAAGCUGUUCGUAUCCGGCGGUUACGACAACACGUUCGAGCUGUCGGACGUCGUGGAGGCGUACGACCCGACGAACCGCUCCUGGACGGCGGCCGGACGGCUCCCCCAGCGGACCUUCUGGCACGGCAGCGUCAGCAUCUUCCGCCAGUUCAUGCCGCUGGUGGCCAGCUCGUUUGAACCCACCGACACACCCGAGUCCAACGCCAUACACCUCCACCGGCACCAGCGCCACCAAGCGCUCCACAACCUCAACAACAAUCUGAACCAGAACCAGGAUGUAAACCCAGCGCAUUGACGCGGGUCAUACAUGCUCGCCGUGUUCUCUCUUUGCAAAAAUACUAAAUCUUACCAAGUAUGUUGAGUUUAGUUUCUAGUGCAAAUAUAAUAAAACAAAACUAACUUACAAGUAAUCUUUCAGCAAGAUAUGACUUUUAAGUUAAUAAUUUCUUAAUAUUGAUGAGAGAAAUAAUCUGCUGGUGGAACUAGUAUGUUUUCAUCCAUAUUAAAGAAUUGCUGACUUGGCUCUUAUUCAAAUUAAAAUAUACUUUAAUAAUCCCAAAGGGAAAUAAAUGUUGUAACUCGUAUGAAUUCAAAAUUCUUUAUAUCUUGCUGAAAAGUUACUUCCAAGUUAGUUUAGUCUAAUUUUAAGUAUACUAAGGUAUUUGCACUGAAAACGAAACUAAAAAGAUGUUUCGUAAGAUUUUGCUUUUGCGGUGUUCUGUUUACCUCAUUGCUGCAAGGAUUGGUGGGAAAUCUCGAUUGGGAAUGAUGUAAUUGUUUGGUGUUGAUGAGAUAUGAUAUGCUGCUGCUCAAUAUCUAUGUUAUGGGUUAUAGAUUUAUUUGCUUUAAAGUAGAUUUUGAACCCUGCUACAUCUUGGCUCUGAGAGAAUGAAGGGAUAUGAACUGCAACAGCAGAAGGAUGGCGGUGAAAACAGUUAAAAGCACUUUAACUUUUAACAAUCAUAUUAUAUUCACAAUAAGCUCCAAAUAAUUUUGAAUAUUUUUGUUGUGAAAGUGCUGAAAUAAUCUGUCAUUUAGACCAUGGUGUGUAUACCAUCACACUCUGAGGUACCUGGAUUUUUCUUUCCUUUGUUGUUGACUCUAAUGCAUGAGAGAAGACUGCAUAUAGUUUAAACACAUUAUAAUCCAUAUUAUUUCCCUUUCUUGGUUUUUUUUUAUUUACAUAUGGUCAUAACAGUGUGCAUCUGCUAGGGAAAUAGAUUGAGAUUUACAGCUUUAGUGUCAUUUGAUGUACAGAAAAGGUUUGAAAUGAUUGGACAACAUCCAACCUAGAUUUAGUUUUACGUAUUGUUCAAAACUACUUCAUUUCUGUUUAUGCAUAUGGGGUUUCUGGAGAUUUUCAGCCCUCUUGUGGACUUUCCUGGUCACUACAUGGGGUUACAGACAGAAUUAGUUUGUGCUAUCUAAUAUUUUUUACUCUUUUCUGUAUAUUGAUAGAUAAUUUUGAGUUUUAGAUAACAAGAUAGCUGUUUGUAUGCCUUGAUGAAAGGGUGAAACACUAGUAAACAUUCACAGAUUG